AAAGACCAAAACUAAACAUCAUCAGACCCACGCAGCUUUCUUAAGCUACUGGAAAUAACUUCUGCCUAGGAUUUACAGCAACGUUUCCAUCUGUCCUGGCCCCUGUGGACUCCAGCAGGCACACUGCCUAACAGUUAUGAAGACUCUUCAAGACGUUUCAUGUGACCUUUGGGCAGACCAUGGAACUUUUUGUUUUAUUUUGUGGGGCCUUUAGUCGGGAUCUUCUUAAUGUGUGCUUGGAAGUGGUCAUACCGGAACUCAGGCGUGCACAGAAAUAGCGUGAGAGUAACCAGAUAUGCUGUAACUUUUUGCUUGAUACCUGUUUGGCUUGGUAUCUAAACUUUUAAAGUGUUUUGGGGCCUUUUUAUUUCCUGGGAACUUGAAACUAUGAAGAGAAGCUCCACGCUUUAUUAAUUAUCCUCAAGAACUGCACCCGGAGUCUGACUCUGAACAUGGAUUGCUAGGAGAAAAGCAAAGUUGAUCUCCAGACUUGAAUGAAGUGCUUCUGGCAUGAGAAGGAUGGAAGGGAUCAGCUCGAUUUGGAAGAGAACGGUACAGAAGCAAACUUUAUUUUCACCGUGAAUUCAAGAAAUACCUCCUGCAUAAUUUCUGAGAAAGAUACCGACAAUUGCAGAUAACACCCAAGCUUACGUUGUGGGAAAUGCUGGCAGGAAGGUGAGGUGUCUCUCAAGGGUUUUUGAGAUGGAUGUUUGGAACCUGUGGAUCUUCCUAACUCUCGAGCAGGAGACACGAGGACACCAUGUCCACAGGGAGAUCUCCCCGCGCCUCAUCUCUGUGGGACUGACGAUUUCCUAAUGCUUCCUGAUGUUCCUGUAUAUCUGAACUGAUUUCUCGCUCGCAACCUGUUUCGCUGAUCUUUCCGGAUUUAUCUGCUGGAGGAGGGACUCGUAACUGAGGAUAAUUUUAUAAUUUUUUUUUUUUUUUUUAGUUUGUUUGUUUAAAAUAUGCCUUUGAGUUCCCAGCGGCCUUUGAGCACGUGGCACCAAGGAAGAGAAACGGUGAUGGCGAGAACCGGAGAAAUCGUCCGGUAAAGCAGCGCUGGCGGUGACUGAGCCCCUCUCCCCUCUCUCUCCCGCCUCCCCGCCGCCGGGACCGCGCGCUCGGAGACCCGACGAGCUUUGCCGACGGCCGGAGCCCGCCGCAGGGUGAGGACGCGUUCCCGAGCGGUAUGUGUGGCCGGAGCCCGCUGCUGCAGCUGGUAGCAUGAGUGCUGGCCCCCAGCUGCAGCUGGCUCUCCUCUGGCCUUGGCUGCUCAUGGCGACCCUGCAGGCAGGACUCGGCCGCACAGGGCUGGCGCUGGCGGCGGCGGUCGAGUCGGAGCGGGCGGCGGCGCAGAAAGCCAUCAUCAGGGUGAUCCCCCUGAAAGUGGAGCCCAUCAUACUGGAAGGGGAGUUCGCAAACGUCGCUGAGGUGACCCCGGCCGAAGGGAAACUGCUCCAGUCCCACCCACUGUCCCUGUGCAACACCAGCGAGGAUGAACACACCGAAUCGGGCUUCAUCACCAUUGUCAAGCUUGAACAGCCGGAUCGGGAUCCCAACCCCUGCUUGUCACUGGCUAACAAGGCAAAGCUGGCAGGGGAGCGUGGAGCCCGUGCGAUCCUCUUUGACAUUACCGAUGAUGAAAGUGCUGCUGAUCAGCUGAGGAAGCCCAGAGGUCUGAGUCAGCCUGUGGUUCUGAUCAGGGGCCACGAUGCUGAACUUCUCAUGGGUGUCGUGAACAAGAACAGAGAGGCCCAUGUGAAGAUAGAGGUCAAGGAGCCACCAGCUUGGCCAGACUACGACGUGUGGAUUCUUCUCACAGUGGUCAGCACUGUGGUGGUCAUCAUUUUGAUUUUUGUUGUCCGCACAAAGUGCCAGCUGAACAGGACUCAGGACUCCUUGCAGCAGCAGACCAUGCAGGCCAUCGGGCAGCUGGCCACGCGCAGGUACCAGUCUCGGUGCCGGCAAGCGUCGCAGUGGGAUUCGGCCAGCAGCUGCAGCUCAGCCCCAGUCUGUGCGAUUUGCCUGGAGGAGUUCAGCGAGGGCCAGGAACUGCGGAUCAUCUCGUGCUCCCAUGAGUUUCACCGGGAGUGUGUUGAUCCCUGGCUGCAGCAACACCACACGUGUCCGCUUUGCAUGUUCAAUAUUCUUGCCAGAGACUCGGUGGACCAGGCCACAGCCCCUGGCUCCAGGCUAGCCCCCCGGGACAUGGAGCCUGGACGGCGACUCCACCUUUUCCGCCAGCACCCGGGACAUGCCCUUUACCACCUCCCACACGCGUAUCCUCAGAGGAACCUCAGGAGCUUUCCCCCGGAGCCAGCCCAUGGCAACCCCUUCUUCCACUCUCCAGAGCUCUCCCAGCUGGAUUUUGGCACCAUCCACUACAUGCCCUACAGGCCAGCCACCUCCCUGCUAGCCUGCGGCCACCCGUCCCCCCUGGCCCCAGGCUUGCUGGGCCAGCAGCACCCCAACCCCUCGGCGUGCGGGCAGACGCUGCCACCCCACAGGACUUGUUCUCUCCAGCCCCAGCCCCCCUGCCUGGGGCUCAAGGCAGCCCUGGCACAGAAGCAGCACCGUGCACCCGCCCUGCGCCGGGGGGUCAGCCACGGGCACCAGCACAACAGCAGUGGCUCUGGGGAGAGCUAUCUCACGGACCACAGCGGGUACCUGGCAGACGGGCCAGGGAGUGACUCCAGCUCGGGGCCCUGCCAUGGUUCCUCCAGUGACUCCAUGUUGAACUGCACGGACGUCAGUCUGCAGGGCAUCCACGGCAGUUGCUCUACUUUCCGCAGCUCCCUCAGCAGCGACUACGACCCCUUCGUGUACUGCAGCUUGGAGGGACCUGCCAUGGACAACAGCCAGGAGCAGCCGCGGCUGCUGAGGGAGACACGGCCAAGGUCCUUGGACCUGAUGGUGCCCGGGGGUGCUGCUCCAGCCAAGCCCCAGGUGCUCAGCCACGUCCACUACCACCACCACCAGCACCAUCACUACAGAAGAGACACAGAAUGUCCACCCGGGCCGGCCGGGCAGGUGCCUGGGCAGCGCAAAUCCCGGUACUCUGGGGCCAAGGUUGGCUUCAAGGGUCCUCGGACACAAAAGAGGACUGAGAAAAGCCAUCACUGUCAGCAGCCUCUGGAAAGCAGCGCUGGGCUACAGGAGGCAGCUUCGGCAGGACAGCCAGCCUGUCCCCAGCAAGGCCGGGAGCCCCCUCAUGCCCCUUCCACUUCUCCAAACAGGUUGGACUUCAGUGUAGGUGCCAACAGACAAUCAGGAGCAGCUGGCACAUCCCCUGUCCCGCUGCCCCCGAGACACAGCUUACAGAGCCGUCAUCACCGAAGGAAAAGAAAGUGUCCCCUGGAGCCUGACCCCACUCUCCUGCCUGAGGACUCAGCCUUGCCCAAAGCCUGUGACGCUCACGUUCCUCACGGCCAUCCCGCUGGCUACCGCUGCUCGCCCGAAGUCCAGCCCCUGAUCCCAAGCGCUCCCCUGCCCUGCGGCUCGGGCUCUCGGCCGCUCUGGAAGUGUUUAGUGCCGCAGUCCGGCUCAGAGCUGAAAAAGCAGGAGGAGGGGUUGUCAGGACGGGAGGGGAACUGCACGGUUCCUGCUGAUUUCUCAGGGACGGGCACCCCCAGGCACAGUCAGAGUCUUCACCUUCACGGCCCGUCUCAGCAGGGUAGUCAGGGAUCUGAAGAGGAGGUCCAGGAUGUCCAUGAGCACUCAGUUUAAUAAAACACUGGUCUGUUUGCUUACUGGAGAGCUGGAAUGGACAAAGAUGUUCAGCAUACCAGCCGUAGAGGAGCUCACAUUUUGCUCUCUGCCCAGGCAAUGUGUGAUAACCAGCCCUGACCUGCAUGGCCCACGCCAAGGUGCAGACUGAAAAUAAGCAAUGUGACACUUGUGGUCUCCUCACACGUUCCCACGUUGCGAUGGUCACACAAACACAGAGCCGUGUUCUCCAGGUCCCCUUCUCCUUUGAAGGCACAGAUGGCCCAUCUUCAUCCCGUGGCAUCUACCUGCAUGGGCUGGCUCGUUCAGAGACCGGUCUUGGGAGUCACCGUCUGGAGAGUUUGUGGAGUGAGUGCAAGCUGCUAUUUUGGCAUGUUCAUGCCACAGAAGGUUUUGCUAAACACUUCAAAAAUAAACAAGCCUGCAAGACCAAAAGCUGCAGAAAUUACUUUCUGUGGCCUGGUAGCUCCUGACUUAAUUUCCUCACUUAGGUCAAAAGCCAGACUUCUUCAUUUAACUUUUCCACUCUUAUUUCAGACACAGGAACAAGCUAUUCUCCAUCUCACCACUCACAGAUCUGCCCUGCAAGGUGCUGCUUCUGACCUCACUGAAAACCAACAGCUCUCACCACUUUUGAUCACUUCACUAUCCCUCAGUUGAUGCCAUCUCAGCCAUUUGCUGCAUUUUGCCAGCAGCAGGAGAGGUGAAGACACAGAGACAAUAUCAGCAUUUCUGGGAAGGAGCUGGGUCAGACUCUUUCCAUUGCAAGGAAUCCACCCUCUCAUCUGGCAAUGUGAACAAGUCUCUCACUCAUCCUCUAACUGCUCUGCCUACCCUCAAUAUAGGUGUGAUGGCCAGCCCUGUUAAAAUCAGUUCAUUUGUUGAGCGUAUUUCAAACCUGAGAUGCCCCCAUCACAGGAGUCAUGGAAAAUCCUUGAGUUCCAUGGCUCCUGCUUCUCUCCUUCCUCUCUCAUUGCCCCAAGACACAGCAGAAAUUCCCAGCAAAAGCAUCCAUAAUGCAGAGCAGAGCCCCAUCCGUCACCUAGCCUUAUCUUCAUAUUUCUGAGACACUGGAAAUGACCCUGCGAAGGAAUUUUUCAAAAUACCCUUCUGCCUUUUCUAACUUUCUGAUGGUAGAGAGAUAAAACUUGAGAAUUGCUAGGCUCUCAGUUUAUUACUUUUUUUCACUCCCAUUUUUGAGUUUUGUUUUUUUUUUUUUUUUUGAAUGUCACUAGUUCUUAUUUCCUACAUCUCAUGAUUUAGGGACGUUCGAGUAAAAUAAACCUGUCACAUUCAAAACAUAGAACCCAAACAGUUUUCAUACAGCAGGGAAAUAGGCUGUAGAGUUCACUGCUCCACAUGAUCAUUCAGGCCAAAGAAUUAGCCAGAUUCCCACAUUAAGUGCACAUCUAUAUUGCACCAAGUGUUUCUAGAGUUAAUGCUAUUGAAGCAUUGGUGAGGAUACAACACUGGAGCUGAAGGUAACUCCUGACAAUUUGAAACCUGGUGUAGGGGCAGACUUCCCCCAUCUGUUCAGUGCUCAGUAAGCUUUCUGUGUCUUCCUUUUAAGCAGCAGCUUAUUCUCUAGUUCAAGAGAGUGCACUGGUUAUGUAGUCCCAGUUCAGGAUAAUCCUGCCUCAGCCUGCCUUCAUUGUUGAGGAAAAGUUUUUACAGGGUUUGCUGCCUUCAAAAAAGGCAUCUUUGUCCCAGCUGCUAAUCAGUCAUUGACAUUCAAGUGAUGGUAGUAAAAGUCAGCCAAUAGCUCUGUUCUAAACAAAACAUUAUUCCCUUGCUAGCGUUCAUUUCUUGUCUCUUGUGGCCAUUGCAGGACCUUUCCGUCUAGAGAAGAGCUGAAUUUCUUUCAUCAAAGAAACCAGCAGAAUUAUAUUUUAACCUCUCCAGACUCUUCUUCCUUGUCCUACAGAGCAAGCAGAAGACAUAAGCUCAGAUGUUUUCUCCCAUACAGGGAAGUUAGUCUUAAACUAGAGGAAAAAAACCCAGGAGCAUGUCUAAAUUCCCCCUGUUCAACUUCUUGUGCGCGUGGUCCAUGGCUUGUCUCAACCAGAUCCCUACAUCUUUGACCAUCCUGGAAUGCUCAGAUGACUUUACAGAGGGGAGGGUCAUGAAGUCCAGGUUCCCCCCCUGGUUUCUUUAGGAAUCAAGGCGUCUGAGAGCCUCCAGGGAUGCAUUUCGCUGCCUCAAAGGAACGAGCGUCUAGUCUGCAGUCUAAAAGUCCUCCUCUCUUUCCCUCCUCAUCUUUAAAAAAAAGGAGGGCUCUGAAUCUGCAGCAAGCCUCAAGCUUCUUGGAGAAAGUGGUCAGCACUAACGCACCCCUUCCACUCCCUAUUGCAGUAUUACCAGCUGUGCAGGGCAAUGCCUGCUUUAAAGUGUUUUCUUUUCCUGAUGUUAUGUUGCUGCUCCUUUUCAUUUAGAAAACAGCCAUCCUCAAUGCUGGGCCCCCUCCCCGGGGGUUGCUGAGCUGAGUGAGAGUGUGCAGGUCUGCCUUGGUGGGUUCUCAGGUGGGAGGAGAGGGAAGAACUCUCCAGGAAGGUGGUUUUUAAGAUCCUCUUCAGUAGAUGGACUACCAUCCUUGGCUGCCUGGAAGGGAAGAAGCACUAUCUGAGAAAACGGGGAACAGCUCAUCUCAGUUCCUGCACCUCUUGCUUCUGGGUGAUGCUUUUGAGUGCUCAGUACCCUUGGGCUCCAUCACCGAGUUUCUUCAGCAUCACCGCAGUGAAGCGGAGCUAAUUUUCCUUCAUUGCAUCCAAAGUCCCAGCUGUAAACGGAUGGAGGCCAGAGCAUCCCAAACUCCUUCUAUCCAAAACCACAUCACCAGCCCUUCACCUUCCCAGGACCUCUCCCCCCACCAAGAUGGGUACUGCGGGCCGGGCUGGCCGGACCUCCUGCACAGAUCCUCUGCUCUCCCUUUUGUAAUGUUCAGAUCCUUUUGAAAUGUGAAUAUAGGUUUGGUUUUUUUUGUUGUUGGUUUUUGUUUUGUUUUGUUUUGUUUUUCUGAGUCUGUCCUGGCUCUUGGGGCUUGGGAAUAAAUUAUGACACACACACACACCCCCCCCAGAAAAAAAAAAAAAAAAAAAAAGACUACGUUUUAUAUAAAUGCAAAACUGUGUAUUUAUGUCCGAUAGAAACAAAGAUGUGUGAAUAUGCUGAUGUGCUCAGAAAUAUAUUUAUUUACUAAUAUAUUUAUCCAUGUACCCUG